AUGUCGAGAAAGCUCACUUUUGCCAUGAUCCAAGAACCGUAUAUAGGAAGCAUAGGAGAAGUUAAACAAUAUCCCGGAACUAGAGUAAUCCAAUACACAAGAACACCAAACUCAGACAAAGUUAUAAAAUCAGCAAUUAUACUAUUUGACAACACCAUUAAUAUAACACAAUAUCCAAACUUAACAACAGAAAAUAUAGCGGUAGUAAAAUUAAGAACAAGAUCAUGGGAGAUAGGAGUGAUCUCGAUAUAUCUGGAAGGAGAUAAACCCAUAGAACCCUACUUGGAAGGCAUAAAGAGAGCAGUAGACAACAUAGAUACACAAAACAUAUUAUUAGGAGGAGAUGUUAAUGCAUGGAACACGUGGUGGGGAAGCCGGUUCACAAACAGUAGAGGUGAGGAUAUGGCAGCACUACUGGACCAGUUGGAACUACAUCUCCUAAAUACUGGAUCUGAAUCUACCUUUGACGCAGUCAGAGGAGACAAGAGAUUCUCCAGCUGUGUGGACAUAACAACAUGCUCAACAACAUUAUUAGACAAAAUAGAUAACUGGCGCACCGACAGUAGCAUAAUAAAUUCAGACCACAAAGCACUAACCUUCACAAUCAACUUGGAAAAAUCAAUAGGAACAGACAUCGAACGCACAACAAGAAAAUACAACACAAGAAAAGCAAAUUGGAACGAAUUUAAAGAAAAAUUAGAAGCAAAUUUAAAAAAGAAUAACGUUAACAAACAAGAAAUAGAGCAAACCACAACCCCCCAACAAUUAGACACAAUAGUCCAAAACUACACCAACUCCAUACAAAACGCAUGCGACGACUGUUUUAAAAAAGAACCCAAAAAUAGAAAAAUCAAACUUACCUGGUGGACAGAAGCGCUUACUAAAAAGAAGAAGGAGGUCCUCACGAAGAAGAGAAGGAUAGCCUGCGCCGCUCCAAUCCGCAGAAGAAAAGUAGUUGAAGAAUACCUGAAAGCAAAAGAAGAGUAUGAGAAAGAAAUAAAGGAAGCACAAACAUCCAGCUGGAAAUCUUUCUGUACAAAACAGGACAAAGAAUCAAUGUGGGACAGUAUAUACAGAGUCAUAAAUAGAACAACCAAAAGACAGGAAGAACUACCCAUCACGGAAAAUGGACAAACCCUUAACGGAGUAGAAUCGGCAAAG